AUGGGGAGCGGAGAAAAACGCCAUCAUCUGAAUUUCCAUGUUCAUGUGCCGUUUCACCUUCAUCAUCAUCAUCAUCAAAAGGAUGAAUUGAGGGACAUCCCAAGAGGUUGUGUUACGGUGUUGGUAGGUCAAGGAGAGGAGCAACAAAAGUUCGUAAUACCUGUAAUGCACAUUAAUCAUCCCCUCUUCACCAAGUUGUUGAAAGAAGCAGAGAAAGAGUACGGAUUUCAUCACAAUGGUCCAGUUAAUAUCCCUUGUCAUGUCGAGGAGUUUCGUUACGUUGAGGGUAUCAUAGACAAAGAUAACGCCGCCCACCACCACCACUACUUGUGGACGUGCUUCAAAGCCUGA